AUGAGUUUCGCACAUUCGCACAGGGACUACGGGAUUACAGUGAUCAUACGGGAUCAAGGACAAGAAGGAGCACGAGCCUGUUGUCGUCAAGCGCGGCGCGAAAUCGAGACGGUUGUUUUCGCGCGCGGAUCCGCGAACGCGCGGAUACACCUGUGUAAUGGCGACGCCGACCAACAGUGGUGGUAACCUCGUUGAUGAGUUUGAAGAAUCAUUUCAGCAAUGUUUGAGUAUAUUGACAAAGGACGAGGGAUUGGGUAACAGUGGAACUGGCGCAUCUGGUGGUUUGAUAGUGGAUAAAGACGAAGGUCGUGCGGAAAUGGAACAGGCUACCAUGAGAUUCAUAGACCUGGCUAGGCAGAUGGAGGCUUUCUUCUUGCAAAAGAGAUUCCUCCUGUCUGCGCUAAAACCUGAGCUGUGUGUCAAGGAAGAGAUUCAAGAUCUGAGAUCAGAGCUGGCGCGCAAGGAGGACCUGAUAAGAAGGCAUAACGAGAAGAUCGCUGUCUGGCAGAAUAUGUUGUCGGAUCUGCAAGGAUGGGCGCAGUCGCCCGCUCAAGGCCCAGCACCCAGUGGGUUACCAAACGGAAAUCAAAGCGGGCAGAAUUCGCAAACUGCGAGUGGUAGCAGUAACGCUUCGAUGCAGCAACAGCAGCAGAUACUGCAGCAUCAGCAGCAAUUGCAACAGCAACUGCAGCAACAGCAGCAGCAGCAGCAGCAUCCACAAUUGCAGCAACAAUUGCAGCAGCAAAUGCAACAUCCGUUGCAAUCACAGGUGCAACAGGGUUCUGGUGGACCACCUACAUCAGGUCUUCAGGGAGUUGGUGUACCCGUCAGUCAGCAGGGCAUGUUCAUGGCGCAGGGUGGUGUAGGUGGUAGAGCCACCGGGUUCCCAGUUGGCGGUAUGGGCAGUAGCGCCCUUCAGGGGCCUCUGGCCUACCUGGAAAAGACAACGAGCAACAUAGGGAUGCCAGAGAGGCGGAGUUGACGCGGAAGGGGGAGGGGCCGGGGUCGGGGUCGUGGAAGAGGCCGAGGUAGAGGAAGAGGCGGCGGUGGUAGCGGCCUACCGCCACCGCCACCGCUUCUCGAUCCCUCAGACCCGUCGUCCUAUGCUGCUGCUGCCGCCGCCGCAGUCGCGCCCCUUCCCUCUCCGCAACAGCAGCCUCCUCCUUGCACAUGAACGUAAUGUGUGGCAUUUUUAAUUUCUUCUCUUGAGAGAAAGACCACGUAUGAAAGACUUUUAUACUUCCAAGGUUGAGCACAUUUGGUUGUCAUGGGUGUUGUGUUGUGCAUUUGAUGUCAGAUUGUGUUGACUUGAAUGUGCCACGUCAGUGAUAGUGAUGAUAAUGCUGAUGAUUGAAGCGCAGUUGAUAUGCGUUACCUUUAUAUUGUGAAAAUGGACACAACUAAUGCGUAUAAGUAUAUAUAAUUUAUGAGCUUACUGAGGUCUCAAUGGCAAAUGCAUUUUAACAGUGCCAGUUUUAUUGUGAUCCAGCUUUGGAUUGACGUUACGCGCCUGCAGGAACAUUCUUUCGCAUUCCUCCUGAAACUGUUACGUACGCGAAAGACGUUUUACAUUCUUU